CCAUGGACAUCCUGGCUCCGUUUCUGGUGGGGGCCUGGAUCCUGACCUUCUGCCCCCGGGGGUCUGCCACGAGCAUGGGGCACCCUUUGCCUGCCCCCCUCCAGGAAAAGCCCCUCUUCUCUCCUCCUGCAGGGAGCAACCUGCCAGCGGUGGGCGAAGAAGGGACUUCUCCGCCCACCCACCUCCGGAUGCCUCACAACUACGCAGAGGACGACUAUUACUACGACAUCGAAGAAGACCUUUUGACCCCGGAGCCCCCCACGCCGGGCGUUCCUCAGCCUCUGCCUCCCCGUUGUGACUAUAACCACUGCCAGCAUCUCCAAGUGCCUUGUGCGGAGCUGAGCCGAGCCGAGGGCUGUUUGUGCCCGGGCAUUUCGGGCCCCGAUGUUGCCCCCGAGGCACCCCGCUUGCAAAUCAUCCACACAACCGAAGCCGGAGCCAGUGUGCGCUGGUGUGCCCCCUCGUCCACCGUGCUGGAGUAUCGGCUGCACUACCGUCCGGUGGACGGGACCUUCAUCUCCGGCCCGGCCAUGAACAGCACCUCCCGCUUAGCAGUGGUUUCGGGGUUGUCGCCCGGCCAGGAAUACCUGUUCUGUGUCGUCGCCUCCAACCGGGCUGGAUCUAGCCCGACCGACGAUGGCAUCAGCGAACACGGGCCGUGCCGUCUCGCCCGCACCCCGGCCCGACAGAUGCCGUACGUCUACGUGGCCGCCGGGCUGGCCUCCGUCCUCGGCUUGCUGGUGGUUUCCGUCUUGGCCUGGCAUUUUUGGUACCGCAAGAAGAAGCACCUUCGCCGUGGGUCGCUCGAUAACAUCCUGGAUGGCGAAUCGGGGCUGGAGGGGACGGCCAACGCGUCUUUCCGGACUGAGGAGCAGCUAUGAGAGAGUCCACCCAAGAGAUAUUUUCUGCGAGGUCCCCCCCUAAGUUUUCUCCUGAAGCGGCUUGGAUGCUCCAGAAAACCCAAGGUUGACUUGGCCAGCGGAGCUUCUUAGACCUUUCAUAAGGAUGGUACCUAUUUUGUUUGUGAGUGAUGAGUCGAGGACACUCUACCUCUUUUAUGGAAGUUUACUUGGGGUUUUUCGAAAACCCAAAACCUCUGGGUCUGGUGUGAGGAGAAGGGACAACAGGUUCUGCUAUCAGCACUGGAGAACUGGGAUACAGUGGUGCCUCGCUAGAUGACGACAAUCCGUUCCACUGAAAUAGCUGUCUAGCG